AGACACAGGCUUUUUACGCUGAAUCGGAUGACAGCCAACUGCUUUUAUUAUGGGUGUUUUUGGGGGGGAAGUGCAGAGAAAAAAUUGUGAAUUGUUCUCUAAAAAGAUCAAUUUGAUAGACGGUGACAAAGUGUCACGGUUAAUAAUCUUCAUUAUAAUCCGAGCAUCUCCUUUAAAACACAAGUCUUCUGGGGUUUUGAUGUUGCUCCUUUUAAAAAAAGUCAGAUGUUUUUGCAACCUACGUGGGCGGGGACUGUGAGAAGACAAGGAAAGGAGGGCGGUGCGAACUCCUUCAUAUUCCCAAAUGUCAAUGAACUCGCAGCAGAUUGAACCCUGAGGCGCGUGGGCUGGAAUAAUUUAAAGAUGAUGAGCGCCCAGAUUAAACGAUAUAUAAAUCACACGCGGGAUUUCCACAGCAGACAGACGGGAUUACACUCACGUUCGAGUCCCUUGGCUUUCCAAACACUUACACAGUAAAUCUUUUUUUUUUUAUUGGAAGGAAAACUGUUGGAUGAUUACCGACUGGACAUCAUUGCAUCCAGCUGUUGAGGGCGCGCUCUAAAGUAACAUAUAGGACAGGUGACCCUUGAUAUUCACGUCGCCAGGAUGAGACUGUGGGCUUUCCUUGUCAUGGUCACGCUGUGCGCAUCAUCCCCUCUGCCAGCCGAAAAGUCUACAUCCAAAAAUCUAGAGGUGGAGACCCGCUGCUCCGGCCGAGCCUGCAACCCCCGCAUAGGCAACCUGGUCCACGGCCGAGCGCUGCGCACCCAGUCGGUCUGCGGCGCCAACUCCUCGGAGACCUACUGCGCCUUCAAGGAGGUCACGCCGUCCCGCAUCAGAGAGUCCUGCUCGGCCGUGAAAUGCGGAAAGUGCAGCUCCGCAGUCCCCGACCAGGCGCACCCUCCCUCGGCCAUGAGCGACUCUUCUUUCCGCUACCCGGACACUUGGUGGCAGUCGGCGGAGGGGGCGAAGGAGGAAACGCUCCAGCUCGAUCUGGAGACGGAGUUCCUCCUCACCCAUCUCAUCCUGGUGUUUCGCUCCCCCCGCCCGGCCGCUAUGGUGCUGGAGCGCUCCCAAGACCGAGGGCGCACGUGGAAGGCCCUGCGGUACUUUGCCGGGGACUGCGAGCAGGUGUUCGGCCUGGCUGAGGGCUCGCCGCUCGGGCAGAGCGGGGCAACUUGCACCGCCAAGUAUUCAGGAGCUUCCCCUUGUACCAGAGGAGAGGUGAUCUAUCGAGCCUUGUCGCCCUGGAACUCUGUGGAUCCGUAUGGACCCGCCGCCCAGGACCAGCUCAUGGUCACCAACGUGAGGGUCCGUCUGCUGCAGCGCCAGCGGUGUCCCUGCCAGGCCAAAGACCCUGGUGCUGCUCUCCUCCCCACGGACCACUACGCCAUCUACGAUUUUAUUGUCAAAGGCAGCUGCCUUUGCAACGGCCACGCCAACCACUGCGUGCCGGCCGGGGGCCGCGGGCCCAGCCCACAGAAAGCAGCCGACAACGUGGUCCACGGAAAGUGCGUCUGCAGGCACAACACAGCCGGCGAGCACUGCGAGCGCUGCGCCCCGCUCUACAACGACCGGCCCUGGCAGGCGGCCAACGGCAUCAUGGGAACGCCGCACGAGUGCCAGAAGUGCAAGUGUAACGGCCACGCCAAGAGCUGUCACUUCAGUCGUGGGUUGUGGCUGGCGACGGGACGGCGGAGCGGCGGCGUGUGCGACCACUGCCACCACAACACGGAGGGCCCACACUGUGAGAACUGCCAGAGGGGCUUCUUCAGAGACCCCGGCCGACCCAAAACGGCCCCCGACUCCUGCAAAGCGUGUUCCUGCCACCCUGUAGGCUCCGUGCACUCAGGCGGUGCCCCUCUCUGCAACCCCAGCAGCGGGGAGUGCACAUGUAAGCCCGGUGUCGGAGGCCCCCGCUGUGAGGGCUGCGUGCUGGGACACUGGGGGCUUCACGAAUACGGCUGCCGUCCGUGUGACUGCACAGGGGACUGUGACCCCUACACCGGGGACUGCAUUUCUGACUCUGACGUGGAGGUCUUUCAUACAGCCACCGGCCACAUGGGACGCAGCAGCAGCAGCAGCAGCAGCAGCAGCAGCAGCAGUAAUAGUGAGAUGCCACUCUUUAGGCUACAGGAGCUUUUCUCUGCACUGCACCACUCUGAGAAAUGUGAGUGUGUAGAAGUUACACUUGGCAGCCCUAAACUCUUCUGUGCUGCAGAGUAUGACUACGUGCUGGUGGUGAAGGUGGUGACGGCUCACGAUAAAGGUUCCCAUGCAGAGGUGGAGGUCAAGGUUAAGAAAGUGUUGUACCAGAACCCCCAGAUGAAGAUCCAGAGGGGAAGCGUUACCCUUUACCCAGAGUCCUGGACCACCCACGGCUGUACCUGCCCCAUCCUAAAUCCAGGAACUGAAUACGUUGUUGCCGGUCACGAGGACUGGAAGACCGGCCGACUGAUGAUCAACGCCAAGAGCCUGAUUAAAUCGUGGAAGUCAACCCUGGGACGUAAAAUUCUCCACAUCCUCAGGAAAGACUGUGGCCGCCAGUAGUGUGUGUGUGUGUGUGGAGGAUAAUCAGUGACGCACCAGAGUGUGCAAAAUGGACCGAGUGACUGUUUAAAUUGCGGCAGCACUAAAAUGAUCACAAAAAUCGAAUGCCCACUACGGAGAUUUUACGGUUUCUCAGGCGGAGGGCACGUUCUCAGGAAACCACCACAAUGCAGCAGUGCUGUGGUUGCUAGCCUGCAAUGAGCAUAAAAAGAACAACGCAAGACUUUUAUCUGAACAAAGGUGAUGGUGGAGUUCCGUUACUGUAUUUUCCAAGUUAUUUAUAAACCAUAAGCAAAGCACGUUAAACUAAAUUACACGUUAUUUCCUGGCCAAACUUCCUUGGUGAUCCAGUCACGUCCUACUGCAUCGAUUUCAUUGAGAGCUGUUUACGUUGAAAUCUUGAAACGGCGCAGAGUAAAUUUAUCUUUGUGUCUCAGAUAUUGCCGAUGAAUCAUGAAGGAAGUAAACAGCCGAGGGUGGCUGCCUGCAUUUGCUUGAUGCCCUUGGCAGGAAGCCAAGUGACUGCAGGUCACAACAAGCAGCGCCUGGAUGAGGGGCGAGGAUUGGGGGGGGGGGGG